GAGGAAAUGGACGGCUGUAUCAAGUUGGAGCACACUUCCUGUGCUUGUUGUCUUGAGAGGACCUCUUGGGGGUGGCUAAGAAAGUGGCCGGAAAGAAGUCAGCAUUCGUCAGUCUCAGGCAGUUGAAACCAGAAAGAGAGAAACACAGAGGGAGAGGCAUACCAGCUUUCAAUGUGCGCAGUGACUACUAGGCUUUGACAUAUCCUUGUGCCGUGUACAGGAUCUCAUAAAAUGGAGAGCUGGAUAUUGUUGCUGAGCUUUCUGCAAGUUGUGUCUUGCUUGGACACUUUUCACUAUGUCAUUCAUGGAGAUGAGGCGAACUUUGAGGCUGCUACCAAAAACUGCCAGCAUGAAGGAAACCUGACCAGUCUGUCCACCUGGAAAGAGGUCCAAGCGGUGCAACAGGCCUUGUCACGGCAUCUUCAGUCAAGUGGGGAGUACACAUACUGGAUAGGUCUAUGGAGACAGAAGCAAGAGUGUGUUGAACACAAAGCAAAGUUAAAGGGGUUCAAGUGGAUGGAUGGAGGCAAAGAAGCAGAAGAGAUCAAGUGGAAAGAAGAACCUGAAUCCACAUGCACACAUGACCGUUGUGUAUACAUUUCUAUCAAAUACGAUGGGACUUCCGUCGUGGACUGGGGAUUAAUAGGAAGCUCGUGUAAGAAAACGCACCCUUUCAUCUGUAAAGUCAAAGGCGAGAAGCAGACUCCUGCACCCAAAGACUGUACAAUACCCACUAUCGGGGGGACACAUGACCACAUACACAAAGUGGGCAAUCCCUCCAAACUGGACAUAAUUUGUGACAAUACAAAAACGUACAACCUAACUUGCAAUACUAAAACUUUGGAAUGGAUCACAAAAGAAGGGAGCACAGUAAAUUUGUCGAGUGUUUGUGUUCCAUGCCCAAAGGGUUUUGAAAAGUCCUACACGGGUCAAUGUGUGGAUAUUGAUGAGUGCAAAAACCAACCGUGUAAAGACAAUAGCAAAUGUGUCAACUUAAAAGGAUCAUUUCAGUGCAAGGACUCAACACCACAACCACCCAGUGGCAUACUACCCACGGAUCCCCACACUCACCCAACCCAGCCCAAUACCCAGGGACCUUUCAACACCCAGGAGCCGGAUGGUACUGCCAACCCAGGCAGCAUCGUCCUCAUAGAUGUGACCGAGUCAUCUCCGGAUUAUUCCCACAUCUACAUCCCCGUCAUCAUAGCGGUCCUGGCUCUGCUACUUCUCCUGGUGGUUAUCUUGACCAUUGUAGCAUGCUGUCGCAGGAAGAAGAGGAAGCGCUCAAAGAACCUGUCUGGGCAGAAGGCUUCCAAGGAAUCUAUGGCACUCAGGGACUCGAUGGAGAAGAUACCUUAGAAGUGAAUGGAGGAAACAUGGGUGAUGACAUCCAUUAGUCGUUUCUCUAUUCUCAGUCCUGGCAGUCUACUUCACAAAGGCUGCAUAAUGCUCUUCAGCUAAGUGACAGAAAUAAGCCACUUGGACAACUGUUCACCCUCAUACAUGGCCUUAGGGGUAUGAAGUGCUGUUAUUUUAUAAUGUGCCAAUUGGCUCCAGCUUUGUUUGCACUUUUUGUUAUCAGUGGCUGUCGAAGAAUGUACAGUAAGUGAAGAAUUUGAUAAGUGUUAAAUAUACAGAAAGUUCUCCAGGAAAACUAAAAAAAAAACUGAAAUGACGUAAGUUAAAUACAUUCCUGAAAUGUGUUCAUUUGUAACAUAGUCAUUCAGUCAUGUUUGCAGCGUAAACAUUGCUAAUAAUUUAGAAAAUGUAAUAUAGUUUCUGCAGUUUAUUGUAACAUCAUUUUUUCUUUACUGUUCAUAAACGGGCAUACAAACAUGUGCAACCUCAGAAAAACGGAUCAUUAAGAUCUGAAACAUUGUACAAAUAGAUCAUAAACCAAAUAAAGGGGCGGGGGAAUGAAAA